AUGGCUACCGAGAAGCCGAUUGUCGCGUCCGGCGCAGACGUCGGCGAUGGCGUCAGACGCCGUGCCGUGCCGCAAGGCCAGUCAGUUCCCGUAACGGCCGCCCCUGAGGUCGAUGACAAGAAGAAGCUUGCCAAGAAGGAGAGCUCCUUCCUCGACCAGUGGGAGGUUGUCAUUGCCCCCAUCAUCUUUACGGCCGUUGCCAUCUUCACUCGACUCUGGAGAAUCGGCCUCAGCAACAUCGUUACCUGGGACGAGGCCCAUUUUGGCAAGUUCGGAAGCCACUACAUCAAGCAUGAAUACUACUUCGACGUUCACCCGCCCUUGGGCAAGAUGCUCGUCGGUCUGUCUGGCGUUCUCGCCGGCUACAAUGGAUCCUUCGAGUUCAAGUCUGGCGAGAAGUACCCCGAGGAUGUCGACUACACCUUCAUGAGAGCCUUCAACGCUCUCUUCGGCAUUCUCUGCAUCCCUAUGGCCUACUUUACCGCCCGCGAGCUGAAGCUGCGCCGUCCCGCUGUCUGGCUCGUCACCUUGAUGGUACUCUGCGAAAACUCGUACACCACCAUCAGCCGCUUCAUUCUGCUCGACUCGAUGCUGCUCUUCGGCACCGUUGCGACCGUUCUCUGCUGGGCCAAGUUCCACAACCAGCGCCACGACGCCUUUGAGCCCGAAUGGUUCUUCUGGCUGUUCAUGACCGGUCUCAGCAUUGGCUGCGUGUGCAGUGUCAAGCUUGUCGGUCUCUUCGUUACCGCUCUUGUCGGCCUGUACACCAUCGAGGAUCUCUGGAACAAGUUUGGCGACACAAAGAUGCCCGUCACUACCCUGGGUGCCCACGUCGUCACCCGUGUUGUCGGUCUCAUCAUUGUCCCCUUCCUGGUUUACAUGCUUUCUUUCGCUCUUCACUUCGCCAUCCUGGAUCAAACUGGCCCUGGUGAUGCGCAGAUGAGCUCCCUGUUCCAGGCCAACCUCAAGGGCACCGAAGUCGGCAAGAACAGCCCCUUGGAGAUUGCCUACGGCUCGCGCGCCACCAUCAAGAACAUGGGAUACGGUGGCGGUCUGCUUCACUCUCACGUCCAGACCUAUCCCGAGGGCUCUACCCAACAGCAGGUUACUUGCUACCACCACAAGGAUGCCAACAACGACUGGUUUUUCUACCCCAACCGUAACGAAGAGGACUACAACCCCGAGGCCGAGCCCCGAUUCAUCGCCGACGGUAGCACUAUUCGCCUGAUUCACGCCCAGACCGGACGCAACCUCCACUCGCACGAGAUCGCUGCUCCCAUGACCAAGGCCGACAAGGAGGUCUCUUGCUACGGCAACCUUACUAUUGGCGAUGAUAAGGACCACUGGCAGGUUGAGGUCGUUCGCGAUGUCGCUUCUCGUGACCGCAGCCGCAUCCGCACUCUUACUACCGCUUUCCGCCUGAAGCACCCGGUUCUCGGCUGCUACCUCCGCGCUGGCAACGUCAACCUUCCUCAGUGGGGUUUCAAGCAGAUUGAGGUUACUUGCACCAAGAAGAACAACCCCAAGGACUCCUACACUCAUUGGAACGUUGAGGCCCACACCAACGAUAAGCUGCCUCCUGGCGACCCUGGUUCCUACAAGUCCCCCUUCCUCCACGACUUCAUCCAUCUCAACGUCGCCAUGAUGACCUCCAACAACGCUCUCGUUCCCGACCCCGACAAGCAGGACGACCUGGCAUCUCAUUGGUGGCAGUGGCCUAUCCUCAACGUCGGUCUGCGCAUGUGUGGUUGGGAUGACAACAUUGUCAAGUACUUCCUCCUCGGCAACCCCCUCGUCUACUGGGGCUCCACGGCCGGCCUUGGCAUCUUCGCUCUCGUCGUCGCCUGGUACGUCGUCCGUUGGCAGCGUGGCUACAACGACUUGAACUCGAAGGAGAUUGACCAGAUCCACUACGCGGGAUUGUACCCCGUGGCUGGCUGGUUCCUUCACUACCUUCCCUUCGUUGUCAUGGCUCGUGUUACCUACGUCCACCACUACUACCCUGCCCUCUACUUCGCCAUCCUUACGUUUGGUUUCUUGGCCGACUGGUUCCUCCGCAACAAGAACCAAGUCGUUCAGUACACCAUCUACGGUGUCCUGUACGCGACCAUCAUCGGACUCUACAUCCUCUUCAGCCCCAUUUGCUUUGGCAUGACGGGCUCCAACAAGCAGUACAGCUACCUGAAGUGGUUUGACAGCUGGAGAAUCUCGGACUAA